GGUCAAUUUGACAAUUUGACAUUUCAAAAAUGUAUGAGAAAUCAGCAAAAGGGAUUUGUAAUUUAUUUUAGCCCCAAUUAAAAUAUGUAUUAAAUGAAACAUUGGUACCUAGUUAAAAAGAUUGUUUGGAAAUAUUAUAGUUUGUUAUUUGAUGGCAGAGUAUUGGAUCAGGCACAAUGACAUCUUUACGGGAACGCCAACUCAAUGCUUUGAAACAGAUGCUCAAUCUAAAUCAGCCUUUAACAAAAGCUGUAGCGAAUGAACCAUCAUGGAAAGUUCUAAUUUAUGACAGAGUAGGUCAAGACAUAAUUUCCCCGCUGGUAUCUGUAAAGGAACUGAGGGAAUUAGGUGUCACUUUGCAUGUCCAACUACACUCAGACAGAGACUCCAUACCUGAAGUUCCCGCAGUAUAUUUUUGUACUCCAUCAGAAGAGAACCUGGGAAGAAUAUGCCAAGACCUUGACAAUGGUCUCUAUGACCAGUACCACUUGAACUUCAUAUCACCUAUAACUCGACAGAAGUUGGAGGAUCUAGCAGCUUCUUCUAUACAGUCUAACUCUGUUAUGAGCAUACACAAAAUAUAUGAUCAAUAUUUGAAUUUUAUAUGUUUAGAAGAUGACUUAUUUAUAAUGAAACAUCAGAAAUCAGAUUCCUUGUCCUAUUAUGCAAUCAAUAAAGGAGACACAAAAGAUACAGAAAUGGAAGCUAUUAUGGAUGAAAUUGUUGAGAGUUUGUUUUCAGUAUUUGUUACACUUGGUAAUGUCCCUAUAAUUAGAUGUAGCAAAGGAAAUGCAGCGGAAAUGGUAGCGAAAAAGUUAGACAAAAAGUUGCGCGAGAACCUCUGGGAUGCCCGAAAUAAUUUAUUCCACGGACAAUCGGGCACCUUCAGUUUCACUCGCCCAAUGCUCAUACUGCUGGACAGAAAUAUUGACAUGGCCACACCGCUGCAUCACACUUGGACCUAUCAGGCCUUGGCUCAUGAUGUAUUGGACUUAUCCCUAAACAGAGCAGUGGUACCAGAAAGUUCUGGACCAGCAAUACCGGGGCAGAAAACCAAAACCAGGACUUGUGAUUUGGACUCCAGGGAUCCGCUGUGGUCAGAACACAAAGGAAGCCCAUUCCCCACUGUCGCUGAGGCUAUACAGGAAGAUCUAGACAAAUACCGGAGUUCAGAAGCAGAAGUGAAGAAAUUGAAAAGUUCGAUGGGCUUGGACGCGGACAGCGACCUCGCACUCAGCCUGGUGAGCGACAACACGCAGCGACUGACCAGUGCCGUCAACUCGCUGCCACAACUCAUGGAGAAGAAGCGCCUUAUUGACAUGCACACCACUAUUGCUACUGCUAUUCUCAACGCAAUCAAAUCAAGACGACUGGAUUCAUUUUUUGAACUGGAAGAAAAAAUAAUGAGCAAAAGCAGUGGGAUAGAAAGCAAAGCGGUGAUGGACCUAAUAACAGACACUAGUGCGGGCACCGAAGAAGACAAGAUGCGUUUAUUUAUCAUCUAUUAUCUGUGCACGUCACAAAUAACUGAUGAGGAGUAUAAGAAGUUUGAGUCUGCUCUAGUGGCUGCGAACUGUGACGUCAAACCACUGAUAUACAUGAAGAGGUGGAAAGCAUUCACGAAAAUGUCAAGUCAAGGUCAAUACGAAGGUGGUGGGACCAAAACAGUUUCUAUGUUUUCGAAGCUAGUCUCUCAAGGUUCGUCAUUUGUUAUGGAAGGAGUCAAGAACUUAGUGGUUAAGAAACAUAAACUGCCAGUGAGCAGGGCGGUGGAGGCGGCGCUGUCGGGCGCGGAGGGCGAGCUGGCGUGGCUGGACCCGCGCGCCGCGCGCACGGACGCCGCGCGCCGCCACCCGCCGCCCACCGACGCCGUGGUGUUCCUCGUGGGCGGCGGCAGCUACAUCGAGUACCACAACCUGAUGGACUUCGCCAAGCAACAAGCAGCAAGUGGUACUUCGAGGAAAAUCAUUUAUGGUGCGACCACACUGCCGAAUGCGGCGCAGUUUCUGAAGCAACUGUCUCUACUAGGCGAGGAACUGCAGUGAACAUUCCUGUUUGUUAAUAAAAUUAUGUAAAAUAAUAUAUUAUAUACUUACUAUGUAACAUCGUUUUGUUUUCUUUUAGCAAUGAAACUGGCAUUUAAAUAAAACGCUAGGCUCAACAAGUUGGCAUUUUAUUUACAAUGACAUUGAAAAUAGAGCUAACAUCUAAUAUCUACUAAUAAAUUUUGAUUGUUUAGAACAAGAAGUAUAAAAUCUAAAUCACAAGAUUACGAUUUCAGUAGUAUCAGAUCAGAUCUAUGUAAAAUUAACAAAAUAAAAAUAUCCUUUGUCAUCGUUUCAGUAAGUAAAUUCUUCCGAAUAGGGCAAAAUUAAUUUCACAACCCAACAUAAUACAAACAAAUUCGAUAUUUUUUUGUUACAUAAAAGAAAACUUGUCGAUAUUUUUAAAAUUUUAUCCCAUCCCUUAAAACUAUUGUGCUAAUUUAAAAAAAUUAACUUGUGUUGCAUUAAAAACACAUUAAGUAAUAACCCUCGAAAAAUAGUAGAUGUGUUAGGUAUGUUCUUAUUUAUUAUUUUUUAAGAAAUCAAGAAGUACUUACAUGGUUUAUUCGACAAGGAACUUGUAUGUAUUACAAUAGAGCAUCUAUUAGCACUGCAUGAAUUGCUGGCGUGUAAGUAAUAUAUAGGUAAAUAAUCUCCGUUUUUUAAACUCUAAUAAAUAUAAGAACUCUUAUGUUUAAAAUACACCAUGUAUCACUGAUUAUGAUAUGGUUUGGCACAGUGAAAAAUUAAAUAAAAGUGAUACGCAACUAAAAGAGAGCAAGUGUGAAAAUCAAUAUAACCUACUUAAAAAGUGGACAACCCACGUGCUUCAUAGAGGUGAACCCAUGUUGUAAAUACCACGUCUGCUCCCACUGUGUGGGUCACGGCUUAAACAAUUUUAAAUGAAUUUUCUGAAGUGAUAAGUAGUUCUUGAAAGAUUAUAAGGUAAUUUAUGACCAAGAAGUUAAACAUGAGAAAACUUUAAAACUACGGGACCCCUAGACAGCGUAAACAUAUACAAAAACUAUGUAUUUAAUACGAAUAGGUAGGUACACUAUUUUGUCAUGACUUUACAGUAUGAGAACUGUGAACGUGUAUUGGAUUGUAUUUGGCUGUUUUAAGACCAAAAUUAUUUAAAUACUGAAAUUAAGGCAAAAUUCUAGGCUUUAUGUUAUGAAAGAGGCUAAAUUAAAACUUUAAAAUACAUAGACGCCUAAAACUUUACCUAGUUUGUUUUAUUUAUAAGGUAGAAGACUGCGGUAUGUGAUCGCGACGUGCGACAGAGACAUUUGUCGCUCGAUUAUC